AUGGAGAGGCGCGUGCGCAGUGGCCUGGCCCACCGCCUUGCAGCCCAGACCCUGCUGGGGACAGCCAGGAGGCUUCUGCAUAAGGGGCAGCACCCGGCUCCGCUACGGAGAGACGUGCGCAUGCCGUCCGGCAGCACCGCCAUCCACAGGCUCCCAGCCACAGGCUCCACGGGCCAGAGCAGGGCAGUGCAGACAGCAGUCAGGAGCAGGGUGGCGGUGGAGGCUGCCAUCUGCCGGCCGAGGGAGAUCAGCAGCGGAAACGGCGCCGGCCACAGCCCCCAAGUGACGUCCCCUCCCCUUCCUCCCUCCCCGGUCCCUCUCUGA